GGAAGUAUAUGUAAAUGUAAAUGGCAACAAUUUGUCGGCAGCUUGCCCUGUUAUUGGCUGUAUUGGCCCUUGCAACUAUUCAAAGCGGAUUGGCAGGGCACGCUCACAGUUUCGCGCACUUUCAUGGACCGGUCAUAGGACCCGGACACGAAGUGGUUGUCUACGAUAAGCACGGUCAUCAUCAUGUAGACUACGUCGCGCAUCCCAAGUAUGAGUUCGCGUAUGGAAUUGAGGAUCAUCACACUGGCGAUUACCAUGGACAGAAAGAACACAGAGACGGAAAAAAAAUCGUCGGUGAAUACACCGUCAAGGAACCGGGUGGUAAUAUCAGGACCGUGACCUACCACUCUGAUCCGCACGGAGGAUUUUUUGCUCACGUCCACAACUCCGGAGGUAAUAACCAUCAUGGUGGUACAUAUGGUGGGCACCACUGAAGGCAUCAAGAAACCCAAGUGUGAUAUACGACGGUAAAACGCUUAACCCAAGUCA